CGCCGUGCGCGUGGUCGACGAAUCAAUUCAUGCAUUGAAUUGAGAGAGAAAGGAAAAAAAGAAAGAAUAAGAAAGGAGAGGGAAGGAAAUCGAGAAUCCUUCGCUCAGUUUCCUUCUCUUGCCCUUCUGAAUUGCAUCAGAAUCGUAUAUACUAUAUAAAUAAAUAUUCUUUAUUCAAUACAGAGAUGGAAAAUUCGCCCGUCGGGUUUUAUCAGUUUGUAAAUCCUUUAAAUCUUCUUCACAUUUUGCCCAUUAUCUAUUUUUUUUAUUACUCCAAAACCCAUCUAUCGUGAAUUUCUUUUCGUUGUUGUAUAUAACUCUUUUUCUCUGCAAAUAAGACUCCUACUUGUUAACUGCUUUAGUCUCUCUCUCUCUCUCUCUCCUGUUAUGAGCAAACCAAAAAAGAAAAGGCCAUUAGACAUGGCCUCAGGAGGAUUCUCAGGCUUUGUCCUUGACCCUGCACACUGCAGUCAACUAAGCAUGGGAGAGAAAAGAGAACUUAUUCGAGAGAUUGCCCAAUGGUCAGAGGAUGCCCCAGAGAUUCUUAGUUCAUUCACUCGCAGAGAGCUUCUCGAAAUCAUCUGUGCCGAGAUGGGUAAAGAGAGAAAAUACUCAGGAUAUACUAAACUUCGAAUGAUAGAGCACCUACUGAAGUUGGUUUCACAAAAGUCCAAGAGCGGCAAGACUAAUGAUAUUAUUGUGUCGUCUCCUGCUAAACUUCAGACUGGAUUUAAAAGGGAAAGGCAGAAAGUAUCCCAUCUUCAACAAUCAACUGACCUUAAUCUCGUUUCUCAGGAGCGUAACAGAGAAGUUAAAAUCCGUUUCUGUCAGAAUGUUGCAUGCAGGGCUGCAUUAUCUCCAAAUGACGUUUUUUGCAAAAGAUGUUCUUGUUGUAUCUGUCACUAUUUUGAUGAUAACAAGGAUCCUAGUCUAUGGUUAACCUGUGGUUCUGAUUCUGUUGAUGAGAAGUCAUGUGGACUUACAUGCCAUUUGAUAUGUGCUUUGAAGGAUGAAAGAACUGGAAUUAUGAAGAUUGGUUCAUGUACAAAGUUGGACGGCAAUUUCUAUUGUAUUUCUUGUGGAAAAAAGAAUGGACUAAUGAGAACCUGGAGGAAACAAUUGUUGAUUGCCCAAGAGGCCAGAAGAGUUGAUGUGUUGUGUCUACGAGUCCUUUUGGGUCAUAAGAUACUUACAGGGACUGAAAGAUACAAGGAAAUGCAGAAGAACCUGGAAUCUGCCUUGCAACUGCUGAAGAAUGAGUUGGGACCUCUUGAUCUGGUGUAUGCAAAGAUGGCACGGGGAAUUGUUAAUAGGCUCUCCUGUGGUGCUGAGGUUCAGAAUCUGUGUGCUUCUGCAGUUGAAGUUUUUGAUUCAAUGGUUUCUGACUGCAGUGUGGAUCAUAUGGAAAAUACAAAGCCAGUUUCUUGUCAGAUUCGCUUUGAAGAAUCCUUCUCAAGUUCAGUGGUCAUUGUGCUUGAAUACAUGGACAAACUGUCUGAUGACUUCUUAGGUUGCAUGCUGUGGCAUCGGGAGUCUACAGCGAAGGAUUAUCCACACAAACCCAAUUUUAUUAUACUGAAGCCGGAGAAGAGUAUUAGGAUAACUGAUUUAACUCCCUCUACCGAGUAUUUCUGCAAGGCUUCUUUCUUUGGCAGCACAGGAAUUCUGAGUGUUUUGGAAGCUAAAUGGAUCACUCCUACAUCAAAAGAACAAACUGUUAGUAUUUCUGUUGAAUAUGGAGAGGAAGAAAAUACUAAAAUUACUGAAAUUCAAUCUCAGGUGAAAUCAACCGACUCCAAAAACAUCAACUUGGUAGAGGACCGCUCAACAAGAUCACAAACAAUGAAGCACAUCAAGAAGAACAAAAAUGAAGGGUUAUGCUGUCUGCCUCCAUCCAUAGAAGUCGUAUCACCUGUGAGUCCUGCACCACUCUCUCCUUCCACACCUUGUAAAUCGAUCAGAAUGCAAGAAAUUUCAGGUUUGAGUUGUAAAAAACAAAGAGAGGAGAGUGCCUAUGAAUAUUCAGUAAGAGUAAUCAAAUGGUUAGAGCAUCAAGGUCACAUAGGCGAAGAUUUUAGAGUAAAAUUUCUCACUUGGUUCAGCCUGAAAGCUACAAUGCAAGAGAGAAGGGUUGUCAAUGCUUUUGUGGAUGCUUUGAUUGAUGACCCAGCAAGCUUGGCUGGACAGCUCAUCCAUUCUUUCGCAGACGAGAUUUGCUGUGAGAGAAAAAAAAUUCAUCAGAAUGGGUUCUGCACAAGUUUGUGGCAUUAAAUUAAAGCAGGAGUUUCAUUAAGGUGGAAAAUUUUAGGAUGUAGUUAACUGUCUAGGGUUUUUCUGAUUGGAACAGGAAAAUUAUGAUUAGUCCUUAACUAAUUAAAGAUGUGCAGCUCCCUAGUUUUGAAGUCUUGAAUGAUAAACUAAUAUGCAUGCUCUGCAACCCUAAUUCCCAAAAUUACAACUGCAA